AUGAGCACGUCGUCGUCCAUGCCGACAGUCAAUAUUGAAAUGAAACACAUUGAGAAUCCUUCUAAUCAAGAAAAUCACACGACUGUAACACUAGUUCAACAACAACACCAACAACAACAACAACGAACAGUUCCGAGUGUCUUGUUGGAAUGGCACGAGUUGACCUAUGUCGUGAAAGUAAGACCCGCAUUGCCUGCUUCAAAAUUGACCACACCUCGAGAACGAUUUGCGUUCGCUCUGAAGAAUGUCUUUCGGAAGGAACAGAAAGUGAUUUUGCAUGCCAUGAGUGGUUAUGUCAAGCCUGGAAGUGUCUUGGCGAUUAUGGGACCGAGUGGAGCUGGCAAAACCUCCUUGUUGAACAUUCUCUCUCAACGAGUCAAACCCACCUCGGGUUCUCUCCUCGCCAACAAAACCAAAGCUGGCAAAGCCUUCCGAUCCAUCAGUGCCUUUGUCCAACAAGAUGAUGUCCUUUUGCCCAAUCUCACAGUCCGAGAGACUCUCCGAUAUGCAGCUCUCCUUCGUUUGGAUUCCUCUCUUCCGAAUUCAUCCAAGAUGGAACGCGUGGAUGUAAUCAUGCAAGAAUUGGGUCUCUCCAAAGUUGCAGAUACGAUUGUGGGUCUUCCUGGUCUCUCGAAAGGAAUAUCCGGAGGUGAACGCAAACGAUUAUGUAUUGCUAUUGAAUUAUUAACAGAGCCGAGUGUGUUGUUUUUGGAUGAGCCUACGACUGGAUUGGAUGCAAAAACUAGUUUGAAUGUUAUUCAAUUGAUUAAUCGUUUGGCACAACAUGGAAGGAGCGUCGUUCUCACUAUUCAUCAACCUCGCAGUGACAUUUUUCAAUUAUUUGAUCGUUUACUAUUGUUAGCCCGUGGUAAAAUUGCCUAUUUUGGAGAUGCUCACAAAGCCAUUCCUUAUUUUGAAAAAAUUGGAUACACGUGUCCUGAAGAAUUUAAUCCAGCUGAUUUUGUCAUGGACAUGGUCACUGAAAAUCCAUCGUUAGCUUCAGAAAAUUCUGAAAGGGGAAGAAGGUUUAAAGUCGAACAAGAUGAACGUAUUGAACGAAUCUUGGCACAUUAUACUGAUUCUGAAUUGAAAAAGGAAAAUUCUCAACAAGGUUUGGAAAAGAGUCAUGCCUUGCAAGAUUCUUUGGGAGUUGAACUUGUCACUCUCAAGAAAUCUUCCAAGUACAACUCGAAUUGGUUUUAUCAAUUUUUCGUCGUUCUCAUGAGAGCUUUCCUUAAUACCAUUCGAAAUAAGGGAGUGAAUAUGGCUCGUUUUUCUCAACAAGUUUCCACUGCUUUCCUGCUCGGCUUGAUUUAUUUGAGAUUGAAUAAUUCACAGACUGGAGUUCAAGACCGGUUAGGUCUAUUGUUUUUUGCGACGAGUAACUUGUUUUUUGGAAGUCUCUCGUCAUCAUUGAAUAUUUUGUUACAGGACAAACCUGUCUUGCUGCGAGAACGUGGAGCGAAAAUGUAUCGAGUGAGUAGCUUUUAUUUGGCUCGAGUGGUGGCAGAUAUUCCCGGAGCAGUGUUUUAUCCCAUCUUGUUUGGAUCGGUGAUUUAUUGGUGGUUGGGAUUGAAUGCUGCAGUGGAGAGGUUUUUUAUGUUUAUUUUGAUUAUUGUAGUGAUGAGCUUAACAGGACAAGCAUUGGGAUGUGCCAUUGCUAGUUUUGCACCAAAUCCAGGGGUGGCAUUUGCCAUCAUGCCUGUAGUGGCAACAAUUCUCAUGUUAUUUGGUGGUUUUUAUAAGAACUUGGCGACCAUUCCAGUUUAUUUCAUAUGGAUUUACUGGACAAGUAUUUUCCAUUUUGUGUUCGAAUCCUUUGUCAUUAAUGAAUUUAAGGGCUUACAGUUGGAAUGUGGCUCGUCCUCAUUCUGCCCAUUCCCUAACGGAGAUGCAGUUUUAGAAAAUUUGGAAAUGGACACAGCCAUGUCUGUCACUUGGAUUAAUUUAGGGUUGGGUCUCGCUCUCAUUUUAGUGUAUCAUGUAUUUGCUUACACUUGUUUGAGAGUGGUUGUGAAACCAAAAGGAGGAUAA